AUGAGCCUUAGACUGUCGAAGGAGCCAACGCACAAGGAGCAGAGGAGACUCCCCCGUGAACACCUCGUAGGAACCAUGGCCUUCUUCAGUGACAGCCUGUCUCAGCUCCUCUUCCUCACCGUCCUGGCCCUCUGCGUGCUUCUCGUUCGGACAGAGACGGUGGCUGGCGCCGCUCCGACCCUUCAGAGCGAUAACCAAGAUACGUUGUCGGGUGGCGGGGCCCUCGACAUCACGACAAAAGACCCGUUCCACGACGUGACAGAAAACGCUUUCACCUUUGAGUAUGACGACACGACGUACUCACAGGCUAUGGAUGAAGAAGAAGGCGUUCUGGGUCCUGGCGCUAUCACUGCCAUCGUCAUCGCCGUGUUCCUGGGCGCAUCGGUGCUUCUCGCUCUUAUAGUCAUCACUCUCAGGAAAUUCACAGCCUCUUAG